UACGUCAAUAAGAGAAUAGUUAGCGUUGAAUCGAUUCAAAUAGUAGAGUAAACGUGACGGUAAUAAUAAUAAUAAUAAUAAUAAUAAUAAUAAUAAUAAUAAUAGAGAGAGUAAUAUUGAUGAUGAUGAUGGCGAUGAUGAAGCUGCAAUGUUAGAAAUAAAGGACAAGGCAGGAUCAAACACUGCUACUUUUUCCAAACAAAAUGUUUGAAUGUAUUUGAGAGAAAAUGAAAUAUUAUAUAAAAGUAAACUGAUAUAAGACAUAUACAGAAGGACAAUAUAUACAUGAAGCGUUACUCCUUUCAUAUUAAGCUUUGUAUUUCAUUGAUAAUAACAACGUUUUUACGGUGAAUGUACGAAGGAAAGAAAUCAAGAAAGGAAAACUCAUUAAUUUUGAAAACAAGGAAAGAUAGAAAAGAAGAAGAAAAAAAGCGAAAGAGGAUAGAAUAAAUAUCGAGCGUGUUUAUCGAAUGAAUCACACUUUGCGGUGUCCAAACGUGCUUGAAGAAGGAUAGUCCUCAUCGUGAUUAAUGGUAGAGUGGUAAUAGUGGUGGUGCUACUGCUGGUUCCUCUCUGCUGGUACUCUUCUGGUGGUGAUGGUAAUUGCGCGCGAGCGUUCGAGCGCAUGGCAAUCGAAUCAUUGACGUGUACUUCAAGCUCCGGCAUAACAGAGCAACGUGAUCUCUCUGUCGCGUGAACUCCUACUUCUGUUUCUUCUACGUUAUAUAUAUAUAUAUAUAUACACAUACAUACAUAUAUAUAUAUAUGUAUAUGUAUAAAAAAUACAUAUAAUAAGUGUGGAUACGUACGUAUGUAAAGAGCGAUAGAGGCCUUGUCACUUUUACGGUAUAUGGGCUAAAAAGUAAAGAGUACAUUGAUCGAUCCAAGCCACGCAACAAGAGGAACGUUGUGUGUGUAUGUGUGUAUGUGUGUGUGUGCGCGCGUGUGCUAUAUAUAUAUACAUCUUUGUGUGCAAAUAGUCAAGGAGGCGGCCGGUCUCUGUUGUAAACAAAGAAUCGAUCCGAUCGUUGAGAGAAAGCAUAUAUAUAUAUAUAUAUACACAUAUAUACAUAUAUACAUAUAUAUAUGUAUAUAAGUAUCAGUAUCGACUAGUUUCUAUCAAAGUCAAUCUCUUUAAAGGAUUGAAAGGGAUUAGAAAAAAUAUUAGAAAAAGAUUAAUUACAAAGAGGAUUUCGAAAUCAUCUUCCAGAAUGCCAACUGCUCAAGAUACGACGUACCUGAUCGAAGUAAUGCCAGGAGAAACAACUCAGGAUUUUCUUUCUCGCGACGUUGAUCUUCUCGUAUCACAAAUCAAGGAGAACUUACGACUAAGCGGAUUGAAAGCUAAAUCGAACGUAGUUCAUAGAAAUCGAGCUACUCCUUAUCGGAUACCAUCCCAUUCUUCUUGGGCCGAUCCUAAUGGUUGCGAUAUUUGUGCUGUACAAAAUCGAACUGAAAAGUUGAACGGUGUUCAGCUUCAACAAGAACACGAUCAACAACUUCAUCAUCAGCCUGAACUUAGGCAGCAGGCUCAUUAUCGUCAACAACAACAGCAACAAUGUUGCCACCGGUAUAAUCAUCAUCAUCACCGACAUCGUCAUCGUCGUCAUCAUCAUCAUCAUCAUCAUCAUCAUCAUAAUUGUUCCAAUAACGAUAGAGAAGAUGAUCCCUACGAAUUUUUGCAAGAACUUUUACGAGAAGGUGGCUUGAUCAAAGAAGCAGUUAAAAGAUUACAAGCGAAUAUCGAUGAAUUGGAACGUUUGGAAAACGACCAACUCGAAGAGGAUGAAGAUGAUGAAGAAGACGAUGAUGAAGAGGAGGAGGAAGAAGAAGACGUCUUGGAAGAUGGGAUGGUAUUGAACGGUGCGAAGGAACGAUCGAGGUUGUAUCGGAGGAAACCUUAUUUCUAUGACUCCGAAGAUGAACCAUCGGUUUACGAGUCUGUGGACUUAUGAAAGAGAUAAAGAGACGAUCAAAAGUGUAGAAGAAGAAGUAAAAGAGAGAAUAAUAAUUAUAACAACAACAACAAUAAUAAUAAUAAUAAUAAUAAUAAUAAUAAUAAUAAUAAUAAUAAUAAUAACAAUAAUAAUAAUAAUAAUAACAAUAAUAAUAAUAAUAAUAAUAAUAAAGAAUUAAGGUUAGAGAAAAGGUUCGAUUGUUUCAAAUUAAAUCAUUCUGAUUCAACAUAGAAAAAGAAGGCGCCAAGGAAUUUAAUUUGUUUUCUUUUCCUUUUUAAUUUAUUCGUUUAAAUAAUGUUUUCACAAAUGAUUGAAGGAAUCGUAUCUAAAAAUUGAAAAUAAAAUGAGUAACGGUUUUUUGGCGCUCUCCAAAUAUGAUGUGUAUACGUACGUACGUAUAUGUGUAUGUAUGUGUAUUUGUGCGUGCGUGCGUACGUGUGUGUGUAUGUAAACACGUUUACAGACAUAUUCUCUACCACGAAUGGCCGUGUUUGUAAAUACAUUGCCGCCAUUAUUGCGUACCAAUGACGGCAUCGGAAAACGAAGAUGAUCUUCGGCAAUGUUCGACUAAGAUCGGCGAAGGGCGCACAGGGGCGUAUCGACGAGUCACGAGGUCUCUUACGUGCAACACAAACGUUAAUGACGAUAUUUUCUAGGAGUGGGGGAGAUUCUUGGAAAACCGUUGUGUUUCGACUAAGAGAGAGAGAGGGGGGCAUAAGGACAAACGAAGAUAAAAAAGGAAGAAUUAUUCUUCUCUCCAUGGUCCUUUUUUUCUUCGUUAUUUUAACAUACACAAUUCGCAACGUUUUUAUUUUUGUGUCGUCGGACAUAACGCAGUAAAAUUAAAAUUCGAUCGUAAGACAUUUUCUUUAUGCAAUCAUUCGAUCUUUUUUUUUUUCUUCCUUUUUUGAUUCGUACUUCAUUGAUGAAACUUGAAUUAAAGUGAAUAUCAUUAGAAGUGUUACAGAGUCAAUACGUCAUUUGAAACAAUUAUGAACGUCCCUCCUCUCUGUUAUAACUUCUUUUAAUAAAUGAACGUUACGUUAAUAAACUCGACAUACAUAUACAUACAUUCAAUUGAUCGAUUUAACGACGAAGAAGAAAACGUAUGUUUUUUAUUUUUUACUUGUCACAAUUCGUCAAGUGAAAACUGAAAAAGAAUAUUUUGUUUUUGAAAAGGAAUUCGAAUGAUACUUACAAUAUCAUUGAAUUAAUAUGAAGUUGAGUAUCUCCUUUGAUACGUAUAUAUCGUUAACCACACACAACGUAACGUACGCACCUGCACACACACACACACAUAUAUAUAUACAUAUACGUAGGAACAAGAAAUGAGUAUCAUAUUGUGGAAAUAUGUAACGUUAUAAAAGUGUGUAUCAAAUGAAUAUAAUUUAAGUAACGAAGUGCAUCGAUAAAUGAGAUAUAUAUAUAUAUGUAUAUAUAUAUAUAUAUAUAUAUAUUCUCAUCGGCUACCUCCAGCGCAUUUCAGUACACUAAAAUAAUUAAUUGCAUCCUUCCUAGUAGAAAUAGAUAGAAUAAUAUGCUAUAGGGAAGAAAGAAAAUUAAAAUUAAAAUUACGAUUGCAAAAUCCCUCACCUCCCCCAAAAAAAAAGAAAAAGAAAGAAGAUAAAAUGUUGAAAAGCACGAACUUCGGUCAAAAAACUCUCCGACGAAUCUUUUUUUUUUUUUAUUUUUUCUUUUUCUUUUUUCAAAACGAGAAAUGCAUACUCUUACGAACAAAAGAAGAGAAUACGAUCGUAUUAUUAUCAGUCAUCCUUUUAAAUCGAUUAUAAGAUCUCUAAGUUGAUUUUUAUUUCAUUAAGAUUAUCUUUUUUUUUUUUCUUUUUUUGAGAAAGAGAAGCGAUCAUGCAACUUUUAUUACCGAAGCCGUUGCAUUUCUUCUAGAGUAUUAUGCGUGAUUAAGCUCGAUUGUGUGAAGGGAUAUUUGGAAAAAUAUAAUUAAGUUAAUUAAUAAAUCAAUCAAGAAGGAGAAAAGGAAGAUGAGUGAAAAUCAAGAAAAUACGAUUAUAUUUUGCUAUGCAUGUUUUAGUGCAUAGUUAUUUACUUCUCUGCUAUGAAUUUUUUUUUAUAGGUUAGAAUACGACGCAAUCAGUUCGUAAUAGGGCAAAUCCCAUAGUGCGGAAUGAUUCAUAUCUCAUGUUAAAGGAAAUUGUUGAACAGGAAACAGUUCUAUAUGAAAACCGAUACAAUAUAAUCGAUAUUUAUAGCUGUAUCUCUCUUCAAUGUGAAUGUAGAAAUGUGUGGUUGUGCGUAUAAGGUGCUUGCGAGGCACUAAUGAAAGAAUAUAUGAGUUUUAUUUGAUGAAAUCGCCUUAGUUAGGUUAUUAAAGGAAAUUAAUAAGCUAAAUACUUUUGCGUAGUUGUGUGUUGGUGAUUAAACCGAGAGAGAAAAAAAAGAAUGUGAGGAUGUGUGUGUGUGUGUGUGUGUGUGAAUUAAGUUUAUAAAUUUAUUUUUGUUUUGUCUUAUUUUUUUCUUUUUCUAAACGAUAGUAUUUAUGCUCCUACUUUCUUUUUUUUUUCUUUUUUUUUUCUUUUUUUUUUUUUUUUUUUUUUGUUCAAGUUCGUCGUUAAGUGAAUGAAUACAUGAAUAAAAUGAUAAAUCGUCUUGUACGAUCAUCGGGUUCUUUUGUCUCCGAUUGAAAACAAUAAAUAAAAAGAGAGUAAAGACGAAAAAA